AUGCUGCUUUGGAUCCUCUUGCUGGAGACGUCGCUUUGUUUGGCCGCCGGGAAUGUGACCGGGGACGUUUGCAAAGAGAAGCUCUGCUCCUGCACCGAGGUCGAGGGCGACCUGCACGUCGACUGCGAGAAGAAAGGCUUCACCAGCCUCCAGCGCUUCUCGGCCCCCACGUCCCAGUUCUACCAUUUGUUCCUCCACGGCAAUUCCCUCACGCGCCUCUUCCCCAAUGAGUUCGCCAACUUCUACAAUGCCGUCAGCCUCCACAUGGAGAACAACGGCUUGCACGAGAUCGUGCCGGGGGCUUUCCUGGGCCUCCAGCUCGUGAAGCGCCUCCACAUCAACAACAACAAGAUCAAGUCCUUCCGCAAGCAGACCUUCCUGGGCCUCGACGACUUGGAGUACCUCCAGGCCGACUUCAACCUCUUGAGGGACAUCGACCCGGGGGCCUUUCGGGACCUGAACAAGCUGGAGGUGCUCAUCCUGAAUGACAACCUCAUCAGCGUCCUGCCGGCCAACGUGUUCCAGUAUGUGCCCAUCACCCACCUGGACCUGCGGGGCAACCGCCUGAAAACCUUGCCUUAUGAGGACGUCCUAGAGCAGAUCCCAGGCAUUGCGGAGAUCCUGCUGGAGGACAACCCUUGGGACUGUACCUGCGACCUGCUCUCCCUGAAGGAAUGGCUGGAGAACAUCCCCAAGAAUGCGCUGAUUGGCCGGGUGGUCUGCGAAGCCCCCACUCGCCUGCAGGGCAAGGAUUUAAAUGAGACCACCGAGCGAGAGCUGUGCAGGAAGAAUCGGGUGGACUCCAGUUUGGCAGCUCCUCCAGCAGAGGAAGAGACCUGUGAGCCAGGCCCCAUCCCCACUCCCUUUAAGGCCCAGGGCAAGGAGGACCCAGCCACCCCUGGCUCCGCUCCUCAUGGAGGCACCAAGAUCCCUGUCAAUUGGCAGAUCAAGACCAGGCCCACUGUGGCCAGCUCAGUGCUCAGUGCCAAAGGCAAGUCCUCCACCAGCACACCUUGCCCUGCCACCUGUUCCUGUCAUCAGAUCCCUGGUGGAUUCAAGGUGAACUGCAACGAAGGCAACAUCAGCAGUCUGGUGGACCUGAAGCCCAAGCCCGCCAAUGUGCACGAGCUCUUCUUAAGGGGCAACAAGAUCCACACAAUUCGGAAGUCGCAUUUUGUGGAUUAUCGGAAACUGAACCUGUUGGACUUGGGCAACAACAACAUUGCCACCAUGGAGAACAACACUUUCAAGAACCUUUUGGAGCUGGUGUGGCUGUACAUGGACAAUAACUACUUGGACAUUCUGUCUCGGGAGAAGUUCAAUGGCCUGCAAAACCUUGAGUACUUAAACAUGGAAUUUAACGUCAUCCAACUGAUCAUGCCUGGGACAUUUAAUGCCAUGCCCAAACUGAGGGUCCUCAUCUUGAAUAACAACCUACUGAGGUCCCUCCCUGUUGACGUCUUUGCUGGGGUUUCUCUGUCCAAGCUCAGCAUCCACAACAACUAUUUUUUGUUCUUACCAGUGGCAGGUGUACUGGACCAGCUCACCUCAAUCACUCAAAUAGAUCUGCAUGACAACCCAUGGGACUGUAAGUGCCCUAUCGUUCCUUUCAAACAGUGGGUGGAGAUGUUGAGGCCCAAGGUAAUGAUGAGUGACCUGAGAUGCGAGACACCAGAAGAAUUCUUCAAAGAGGAUUUUGAAUCCCUCUCCAAUGAGGCCAUUUGCCCUCAACUGAAAGCCUUGCCUACCUUGACUUCUGCUCACAAGAACAGCACUGGCUUGGCUGAGACUGGGACUCACUCCAACUCCUACCUGGAGACCAGCAGAGUCUCCAUUUCAGUGCUGGUGCCUGGCCUUUUGUUAGUCUUUGUCACCUCUGCCUUCACAGUGGUUGGCAUGCUGGUCUUUAUCUUGAGGAACCGGAAACGCUCCAAGAGGAGGGAUGCCAACUCCUCUGCCUCUGAGAUCAACUCCUUACAGACAGUCUGUGACUCCUCCUACUGGCACAAUGGACCUUACAAUACAGAUGGAGCCCAUAGGGUAUAUGACUGUGGCUCUCACUCCUUAUCAGACUGAGACACAAGAGUGGGAACAUACAAAAAUAAAAAUAUUCAAAUCAUAUAUGGGCAAUCAGUUCAACUUCAGCAGCUAGCAACCUCAGUUCCCCUCCAGUGGUUCAACAGCUCCUUUCCCAUGAUCUGUGCAUUGCUGUCUCGUCCAUUGGUGUGAAUGGACCACAACAAGGGAUGAGGCUUAGCCUGCCUAAAGCUACCUUCUGGUGACUAAAGCUACCUUCUGGUGAUAAAUACCCAACCCCACUCACCAAACUGGAGGGAAAGUUUUGAGUGGGAGCUUGCUUUUCCCCCCUCCCCAUUCUCCUACCUGCCUAGUCCCAACUUGAGGCUUUGCUUGGUGUAACUGUGCAUAGCUAAUGAGAAGGAAAGAAGGAUCUACUGAAAAAGCCAAUGGCAGCUCAACAUGGAAGCAAGACCCACAGAGAGAACACACUCUCUUGCGGAUGACCUACAAUGACCAAGUGGAUUUAGUGGCUGUACGUGAUGGGGAGAAAAAGACUCUCACUAGUGCUCUCCUCGCUGUGAACAAGGCAGGAGUGUCCAGUUGCACGAAGGCAUGAAUGUAUUGUAAAUAAGUAACUCUGAUCUAGAACAAACCAACCAACCCAAGUUGCUGCAUGGUUCGCAUGGAUACAAACUACCCAGGGACGCUCCAGCCCCAAAUGGAAGCAGCGUCCAGUUCACCUCGUCCUCCCUCUUACCUGAUAAGUUCCAUCGUAUCAAACUUUCUAUAUACAAAAUACAGUAUAAUAAGAAUAAAAAGUGCCAUUUCGCCAUUA